UUCCAAGAAAAAAAUGUAAAAAGUUUCAUAAGGAAUUUCCCCACGAACACUAUAUGUAUAUAAUUUAAUCUCAUUUCAACCACCAAAAAAAUUGUGGAUACAUUAUUAGUUUUAACUUUCUUGAUGCAUCUCUGCACUCACAAUAUAUAUAGUGAUAAAUUUAUAUUAAACAAUGUCUCUAGAUAAGCAUAAUUUCAUGGAUAGAAACACUGAGCUUCGUAAAUUAAAGCCGGCCUAUAUGGGUACUUUAGUAAAUUUGUUAUCAGAUUGUAAUUUGUUAACAAAUGUUGAAAAUUGGAAAACAUUGUUAGAAGUAGUUCCCAAAGAAUUAGACGUAUUAGAUUCCGCUAAACGAUACACAACUGACGAUAUCAGUCUUAUAGAGAAACAUAGCAAGCAUUAUAACAAAGAACCCGCAGAAGUAUUUUUGCAAGAAUGGAGUAUUGCAGGAAAAAAUCGUCCGAAACUGAGACAUCUUCUCGAUUCAUUAGUUACAGCCAAAUUAUGGCGAGCUGCUGAUUACGUAGCUGAAAAAAUUUUGAACGAAUCAUUACCAAAGAGACCACUAAUAGGACCAGAUGCUAGAGUUCACUAUCCACUCACAUCAACUGAUCGUGUAGAAAUAGAGAAUUAUUUAAAAGAAAAGUCAUAUCCCAGUGGUUUGUCAUCAAAUUCUGAAAAUCAAAAUAUUGAUAUUAAUUUAAAUGUUCAAAAUCAAAUUAUUCACCAACCUGUAAAACAUAUAUUGGAAAAACUAUCAACGGUGUCAUGUUCAGAAAAUGCUAGUUCAGAAAAUAUAUCGUCCCAUAACACGAAUAAUGCAAUUUCGAACAAAACGAUCUCUACAAAAGUUCAGGGUGACACUACAAGUAAUUCAACAGAAUCAAAUCAAACGGUUCAAACAUCUAUUUCAAAUAGUGGUUUUUCAUCGGUUGCUGCAUCACUCCCACCACAACUUCCAGAUCUUCUUAGAUUAUUAAUUAAUUCAGCCCAACAACCUAUCCAGGAUUUUAAUCAAAAUGUGGAAUCAGUAAAUUCUGCGAAUAAUGAAUUAUUAAACAUACCGGAAAUUUCACAACUACUAUUAAAUAAUCAAAAUUCAGAAAUUUUACCACAAAUUUCUGAUCUAUUGUCAAAUAGUCAAAACUUAUCAAGUCCAGAAAUUAUACCAAUAAUUUCAGCUUUAUUAUCAAAUAGACAAGAUUUAUCAGGCCAAGAAAUUAGACCAUUGAUUUCAAAUCUGCUAUCAAAUAGUCAAAAUUCAUCAAGUCCAGAAAUUAUACCAUUAAUUUCAGCUUUAUUAUCAAAUAGGCAAAAUUUAUCAGAUCGAGAAAAUAGACCAUUGAUUUCAAAUCUGUUAUCAAAUAGCCAAAAUUUAUCAAACUCAAUUAAUAUACCAAUAAUUUCAGAACUGCUAUCAAAUAGUCAAAAUCUGCCAAAUUCAGUAAUUGGACCAGCAAUUUCAGCUUUAUUAUCAAAUAGGCAAGAUUUAUUAGAUCCAGAAAUUAGACCAUUAAUUUCAAAUCUCUUGUCAAAGAGUCAAAAUUUGACGAAUUCAACUUUAAAUCCAAUAUCAAAUAAUGAAAAUUUUCCUAUAUUUGAAGAACUGUUAUCAAAUCAAAAAACUAAAAAUUCAUCAACCUCUCUUAGCCCAUCAAACGCAUCUUUCUCAAAUCAUUCGCAAAAUGCAAAUGUUUUAACGUUACCUCAACUAAAAUUAAAUACAAAAUUACCCCAUUUCGAGUAUUCCAAAAUAGAAUUAUAUACGAAUAAUUUCAAUGAUGAUACGUUUCUUCCCAAUGAUAACAAUUCUGGCCGAUAUUUAGGAUCAGGUGCUUUUGGAUCUGUAUACUUAGCUGUGGGACUUAUGAAUCAAAAUGUUGCUGUUAAAAGAAUUAAGCUUGAUGGAGAUAUGCCCAUCGAUCUAAUUGCAAAAUCAUUUAAAAAUGAAGUGGAAAUUUUAUCGAAAUAUCAACAUAAAAACUUAGUCUCCCUAUUAGGAUACUCUUGUGAUGGACCCACUUAUUGUUUAGUAUACGAACAUGUUUGUGGAUCAUCGCUUGCAUCGAAAUUAUUGAGCAACUCAAACAUAUUAUCUUGGAAAGAAAGAAUACAAAUUGCAUACGAAAUUUCCGUUGGAAUCUCGUAUUUACACACAGCGUAUACGUCACCUCUUAUUCAUCGUGAUGUGAAAUCAGAAAAUAUUUUAUUAACCGAAGGCAAUACACCAAAGCUAUGCGAUUUUGGUCUAAUCAAAUUAACACCAGAUACAAAAACGAAUUUUACCUCAAAAGUUUGUGGUACUUCAGCAUAUAUGGCACCAGAAGCAUUUCGAGGUGACAUUUCAAUUAAAAUGGAUACUUUUAGUUUUGGAGUUGUGCUUUUUGAAUUAUUAACAUCGUUACCUUCGUUGGAUGAUAAUCGAGAAGAAGGCGCAGAUAUGGUUACGUAUAUUGAUAGUAAAUGUGAAAACGGCAUAGGUGAUUUACUUGAUUUGCGUGCUGGGACUUGGUUGUAUGACAAUAUUGAUUAUAGUACAAAAAUAUUCGAAUUAGCAAACUUAUGUAUAGAAGAGAAAAAAAAACGACCGACAAUGGUCGAUGUACGCGAUCAAUUGAAAAACUGUGUUGACCACAUAAACAGCACUGUAGAACAAUUAAUGGAUAAUUAUAGAGCGGAAUUAGGAAGAAGAACGGAAAAUGUUUGAACGGUGUUAUUCCAAAUUAAAAACUUUAUUUUUUUAAAACGUGUAUUACAUAAUUAUAAUCUCUAAAAAUCCUCGUUUUACAAUAA